GCUGACUUUGCAAACACUCAUCUCUAUCCAGACGCGUGUACAUCGAUUCACCCAAUCUAAUUAAUUAUGCUUCAAAUUCCCCAUUUCCAUUUUUUCUUUUCUCUUUUUCCCUUUUACAGUUACUGCAACAGGAUUGCUUCUCUCGCAUAGUUAAAGCUGGAAAAAGUUUUGGUGCGCCAAUUGAUUCAAUUUUUGGAGGGCUUUCCGAAGCAUCAAGUUUUGGAACCAAUCCAUUUAUUUUCUGGAUUCGGAUUUGAAUGAUCAAAUGUGGCUUUGGUGGGGCCAACCCAUCGUGACAGGGAUGCCUUCUUUACUGCGAUUCUCACACACACAUGUGUCUGUAUAAAUAAAUUCUUUGGUGAACAAGCUCGUGUUCUUGGCGUUGCAGAUUUGGGAAUAGCCGUCCAUUUUAACUGCAUUUUUCAACAGCUUCAAGGCCUAUCCUAGUCUUUGAGAACUUCUGGGGCCAUGGCAAACCAAAUUCUCUCAGAAAUUUGUUGUUAUUACUGUACGGAAAUGGAUGACAUUUUUUCUCGCCUCUUAAGCUUAACUUCUUGUAUAACACGCCGAGUGAUUGAAUUUAUUGAAGAUCUUGUGUUGAGGGAUGUGAUUCGAUUGUUAAGAGAUUCAGAGAUCAAUUCUUGUUGCAAACAACCAACAAUUGGAACCUGCACUGGUAAACAAAAUUUGGCUCUUGAAUAUGCAUCUUCAUCAAGAGAUUGUAACUGCAGUACAAGCUUAGGCUUUCUUGACAGAGAUGGCAUAUAUCUGGAGGAUCUAUCAUUCAUCAAUUCAGGAUCAGAAAUUGUUUAUAAAAAUUACUCUAGGGGUUUCCACUUCGUUUUUAAAGGGUUGACGCUCCCUAUCUCUUUCUUUGAAUUUGCUUGGAGAUCAGCAAUAGAAACAUGGAGAUGUAUAGGUUAUCAUAGGGGAUGUGUUCAUGCUCGUCUGCAGAGUAUUGUAUCUCGAGUUCUGAGAACUUUGAAUGGGUCUUCAGAUGACAUUGGGUGGUUACAAGCAUCUCCUGAAAUGGCUCCAGUUGAGGAUGGAUCAGCUAGAUUCCUAGAGCUGUUACAAGAAACUAGGAAUGGGGUCCACAAACUGCCGGAUUCUUUUGUCUACCUGCUGAUUCCAGGACUUUUCAGCAAUCAUGGUCCCUUGUAUUUUGUCAGCACCAAGAGGUUUUUCUCAAAGAUGGGUCUUGCUUGCCAUAUUGCUAAGAUUCACAGUGAGGCAUCAGUGGAGCACAAUGCUUGGGAAUUGAAGCAAUACAUAGAGGAGUUAUAUUGGGGAUCUGGUAAACGUGUGAUGUUGCUUGGCCAUAGCAAGGGCGGAGUUGAUGCUGCAGCUGCCUUGUCUAUUUAUUCACAAGAGUUGAGAGAUAAAGUUGCAGGAUUGGCACUUGUACAGAGUCCCUAUGGAGGAACACCCAUAGCUUCUGAUAUUCUUCGUGAAGGUCAGGUUGCUGACAAGGAAACUCGGAGGAUCAUGGAGUUUCUGAUUUGCAAACUGAUUAAGGGUGAUAUAAGAGCACUUGAGGAUCUCACCUAUGAGAAGCGAAAGGAAUUUAUCCGUAAGCACAAGCUUCCCGAUAAUAUUCCUCUCAUCUCGUUCCACUCCGAAGCAAGUGUGGGGCCCGGUGUGCUUGCCACCAUGUCGCACAUUGCACAUGCAGAACUCCCCUGGCUACCUCGAAUUUUAAAUGAGGAUGCAGACGAUGAUGCCAUCUUUGCAGCACGGAAGGUGCCUGUCAUAGUCCCAGUUUCCGCUGCCAUGGCUAUCACGGCCCUCCACCUGCAACUAAGAUACGGAGAGAAGAGCGAUGGCCUCGUGACUUGCCGCGAUGCUGAAGUCCCUGGUUCUGUUGUGGUCAAGCCCGAUAAGAAACUCGACCAUUCCUGGAUGGUGUACUCUUCAUGGAAGAAAGAGCCCACUGAGCCCGAUGCUUGCGAAAUGUGUGAAGCUUUAUUGACUAUGCUCGUUGAGCUCGGGAAAAGAGCUUCAAAAUGAAGGUGCAUUCCUUCUCAUUUUUCACCCUUGUGUUGUUUUCUUGUUAAGUGACUACUAGAAAAGUUGCACAUCACUGUCAUUGCUAUCAAAAUUUCAAAGUGGGUGGUGAUCUCCAAAGCUCUGCAGUAGCUAGGCUGCUUUUAAAUUGUAUUCGCACUUUGGAAAUUGUAUUGUUGAGUAUGAACGAUGACGAGGUAGUCAUGAAUGUUUAUUUUUACACACUGAUGUAAUACUAUAUAUCGGAAUUGCAGUUUUCA